AUGAGCUCCACAUUCAGGGAACUUAGGGCUACUAGCCUUGUCUUGCAAUCGUUUGCUCCUCAGCUGCGAGGGAAGGAGGUUCUGCACAGGACUGAUAACAAGAACACUGAAAUCAUUCUUUCCGUGGGCAGCCGCAAAACUGACCUUCGUAAUGAGGCAGUGGAUAAGUUAUGCCGGUCAUUUGACAUUCGCCUGAUUGUAGAGUGGAUUAGCAGAGAUUUUAACGAGGAGGCUGACUAGUUAUCCCGGAUUGAAGAUUGUAACGAUUAUAUGCUUGAUCCUUCAUGGUUUGCUCGCUUAGAUAGCUGUUUGGGCCCUCACACCAUUGACCACUUUGCCAGUGUGAAAACUAAGCAGCUGGAUAGAUUUUGUAGAAGAUUCCUCAGUCCUGGUUGUGAAGCCGUUGAUGCUUUCACUGUGUCAUGGGCGGGGGAUUAGAACAUCAGCAUACCUGGUGCCUCGUGUAUUGCGCCACAUGCGGGACGGACGUGAAGACGGAACCGUCCUGGUCCCAGAUAGAAUGGCCUUCUGCGCCUUGCUGCCCCCUUCUCUUCGCCAAGCAUGGUUCCUGGCUUGAUUUUGUGACCGAAUUCCUGAAAAUCCAACCUUAUGAGGGUCUUUUCAUUCCGGGGGCGACAACAAGCUGUGUUUUUACUGCAGGCGUGCCAGUUUGUUUACUGGCUUUCAAGUUGUGCUUUUGUGGUGCACAUGUUACUCUUCCAGCAGAAUUUGGAGUGGGUCAUUUUGAAGAUCCAGAUCUGAGGCCUUUGGCCCGUUUUCUACCAGCUGUGUUGGUGCAGGACAGAGCCACUUUAACAGCUGUAACCUAUCUUCGUGCAUACAAGUCCUGGAAGACAUGGGCUGAACAGCACAGUGCCUCUUAUUUGCUUGCGGACUCUGUGGUGUUUACUCUUUAUUUUGUGUCUCUUAUCCAGCAGUCCCGUUCGGUGUCCUUAGUGAAUACAGCGGUGUAUGGAGUUAGUUGGGUCCAUAAGAAAAGUGGCUACCGGGAACCAAGUGAGUAUCGUAUGGUGAAACAGGCAGUCGAGGCUGCCCGGCGUAUUCUUACUCGUCCACGAAAGCGUAAGGAGCCUUUGUCUGCCGACUUAGUACGAGGAGUUGUCAGUCGCCAAGAGAAGGGUAGUGUUGCUGACAUCCAGUUGGCUGCGUUGUUCUCCCUGGUAUAUUUUUGGUUUUCUCUGCGGGGAUAACCUGCACCGUUUGAAAGUGAACAGUUUGCAUUUGAGGAGUCCCAUGUGGCCAUUUUUCUGGAGAAGCGAAAGAAUGAUCAGUUCCUUGAGGGAUCAUGGGUUUUUGUAG